AUGGAACCCCAAACAUUACCUAGCUCAUGGGUUGAGCCUGCGCGGCCUGUGCAUCCCUCUCUCAUCAAACUAUCUGCUCUGGAUAAUUUAACCGCGCCAGUCUAUCCUUCACCGACAGAGUUCUUCCCUUUAAAACCAGAUGUCGAUCCUAGACAGCUCUACGAAGACUGCAAACGUGGCCUCGCUCGAUACUUAUACGAGCACCCACAUCUUGCUGGUAGAAUCGUCAAGGAUGAAACAGGACGCAACUCGAUCGAGAUUCGGCCACCGCCGUAUGCCGGUGUCGACUUUGAGUUCCACGACCUCCGGGGUAUAAAGGAGAUGCCUACCUAUGACGAGUUCAAAAGAUACGGCUGGCCACUCGCUGACGGUGAUCGAGAUGGUCUGGGCAAACUGCGCCAAGAAGUCUUCCCAGGAGCCCAGGACGGCGAUCCCAUCGUUGUUGCCAAAUUUAAUGUCAUCAAAGGCGGCAUAGUGUUGCACAUGUCCAUUGCACAUGCUAUAUGCGACCUUGUGCAGUGUAUGGACAUGUUGGGGUCUUGGGCACGUCACACGUGUGCUGUUGCCACUGCGCGGACAAAGGAUCUGCCAGAGCCUCCGCUCCCGCCGCAAGUAGCAGCGAAUCUGAUGGACCGCUCGCCGAUGACGCCUGAUGUGCAGACUGAGCAUGAUCUCGAUAAGUUGGCGGCUCGUGUAGCAAAUCUUCCAAACUGGACAAUGCUCGACCCUCGCGAUCCACAAAAGAUGUACGAGAAGAUAGAUGGCCUCUUCACCAAGGCUCGUUUGACAGACAAUGACCUGGCCGUCUCUCCUGAAGAUAAGCUUCGUCAGCCCUCGUCCUGUGUAUGGACCUUCCCUCAAUCAUCAAUCAAGAAACUGAAGCUUGCCCUGGAGAGAGCGUCGCCUAAAGACACCAGAUUGUCAUCUAUCGACUGUCUGACGGCUUUUACCUGGCAGCGUUUCUUCAAGGCUAAAUGCGCCCCAGGAGUGCCAGGCCCAGAGCCUGCACCUAAGACAACGCAUAUCGUUUAUGUUGGGAGCGUGCGUCAUCGCCUGACUCCGCCAUUGCCUCUCAACUACAUGCCGGCUUGCGUGGACUUCUUCCCAAUUACCGAAAAGACCGACGAUUUCACAUCCGCAACCACGGAGACCUUGACCAGGGCGGCAACGAUGAUUCGCAGUUGCAACAAGAGCUGGAGCGAAGAACCAUUCCGCGAAUUGCUCGAGAUUGCGCAGAUGCACCCUAUGAACCCGGGAAUUGUACCAGAAGGUUCGCUCGAUGCACUUGUCACUGAUCACACGCGUGUGACCCCAGCCAUGCUUGAGGACUGGGGUCCUGGCCUCGGACGGUGUGAGGCGUAUCGUGAGCCAUAUUUCGGCCGGGAGUUCCCCCGUGGCGAGAUUACUCUCAUGCCAGCUCAUGGUAAAGGCGACGUGGAUGUUAUGUUUGCUGGCGAGGCUGUCGUCAUGGAGCGGCUGAGGAAUGACAAGGAGAUGAAUGCUUUGGCUUCGUGUCGGUUCGUUGUGGAGGACUUUGUCAAGAGAAUUGCAAAGGAGCGGCGUUCAUCGAAAUUAUAA